AUUUUCCUGUCUCUGUCUGAGAGGAGGUACCUGUCUGUCUCUUCAUUUUCCUGUCUCUGUCUGAGAGGAGGUACCUGUCUGUCUCUUCAUUUUCCUGUCUCUGUCUGAGAGGAGCCAAGAGCCAGAGUCCCGCCGUUUGGGUUUCUCCCUCCUCUUUCUCUGUCUGAGGAGAACCUGGUCUGUCCCUCCCUCCCUGCUAAGUAGGAGGAACUAUAGGAGGCACCAUGGGGUGUGGUGGCAGCAGGACUGAUGUUCUGGAGCCCAGGUACCUGGAGAGCUGGACCAAGGAAACAGAAUCUACCUGGCUGACCAGUACAGACACGGACAUCCCACUCUCCUCCAUACAGAGUAUGGAUAUCCCUUCUGAGAACUCAUCUGAAAGCUUCGUCUCUGAGAAAACCAUCACACCUGAUGCAGAUUUCUUUGAAGAUGGCUUGCCUGCCCCAGCCCAGGCCUAUCUACAGGUGUGCUCUGACAUGUCUGAAGCAGGACUGAACAAUGUAAAGCUGAGUGCCCACCCUGCAAUACUGCCCUCCCACAACCAGGCGCUUCAGCCCUCACCUGUCACAGUACAGAGAAGAAGCGUCCUACGCACUGAGGAAAUAACUAAAUGGCAAGACAACAGGAUGUCCACGAAGCAGGUAACCAUCACAGUGACACAGAGCAUCAGACACGUGGACAAGAGUGGGAAAAUUAAGGAGAAGUCCCUCACCACCUUCGAGGUCAUGAAGCCUAUGGAGGGCCUGAAGGACGUGGCUGAAGGACGUAGUAGGAACAUUAGGGAAUAACACUGUGAUACACCGAGGUCUGAGGGGGUAACAGGGGACAAAGCUAAUGGCAGAACGUGGUUUGGAAAGACAAUGGCAGAACGUGGUUUGGAAAGACAAUGACAGAGUGUGGUUUGGAAAAUCAAUGGCAGAACGUGGUUUGGGAAAGACAAUGGCAGAACGUGGUUUGGAAAGACAAUGGCAGAACGUGGUUUGGAAAGACAAUGACAGAGUGUGGUUUGGAAAGACAAUGGCAGAACGUGGUUUGGAAAGACAAUGGCAGAACGUGGUUUGGAAAGACAAUGGCAGAACGUGGUUUGGAAAGACAAUGGCAGAACGUGGUUUGGAAAGACAAUGGCAGAAUGUGGUUUGGAAAAUCAAUGGCAGAACGUGGUUUGGGAAAGACAAUGAACGCUGUGAGAAAGACUGUAUUGCUGAAUGGACUUUCCUUUGAGGGGGAGAGAAACAAUGAUACCAAAAUGCUGUUUGAGGUUCAUGAGGAUGAGAAAAAAGAUAAUGAUUUGAUUAUAGAGAUAGAGGGUUUGAAUCCGUGGCACAAUUGGUCCUCUAUCUCUACCUGGGACCAGACCUGAUAAACGAGAUACCUCUACGGGCCUGACACCAAAUGUUGUAAGGAUGAGAGAGUUUGUGACUUUGUCUAACGAAGAUGAAUGCUUUUUAUAAGCUGGGCUUGGGACCAAGAUGUUAAAAAAAAGAAAAAGAAAAGAAAAAAAGCAUAAGUGCAACUUUGACCUGGUAGGAACUGAAUUGAACUGAACUGAACUGAACUGAACUGAACUGAACUGAACUGAACUGCACUGCACUGAACUGCACUGCACUGCACUGAACUGCACUGCACUGCACUGCACCGCACUGCA